ACUGCUCCUGAAACAUCGACAACAACAGAGAUUUCCACAAUCACAACAACUGCUCCUGAAACAUCAACCACUAGUGCAUCAGCAACAUCUACAACAUCAGAGACUUCCACAAUCACAACAACUGCUCCUGAAACAUCAACCACUAGUGCAGCAGAAACAUCUACAACAACAGAGACUUCCACAAUCACAACAACUGCUCCUGAAACAUCAACCACUAGUGCAUCAGCAACAUCUACAACAACAGAGACUUCCACAAUCACAACAACAGCUCCUGAAACAUCAACCACCAGUGCAGCAGAAACAUCUACAACAACAGAGACUUCCACAAUCACAACAACUGCUCCUGAAACAUCUACAACAACAGAGACUUCCACAAUCACAACAAAUGCUCCUGAAAUAUCAACUACUAGUGCAGCAGAAACAUCUAUAACAACAGAGACUACCACAAUCACAACAACUGCUCCUGAAACAUCAACCACCAGUGCAGCAGAAACAUCUACAACAACAGAGACUACACCAAUCACAACAACUGCUCCUGAAACAUCAACCACCAGUGCAGCAGAAACAUCUACAACAACAGAGACUACCACAAUCACAACAACUGCUCCUGAAACAUCCACCACCAGUGCAGCAGAAACAUCUACAACAACAGAGACUACCACAAUCACAACAACUGCUCCUGAAACAUCCACCACCAGUGCAGCAGAAACAUCUACAACAACAGAGACUACCACAAUCACAACAACUGCUCCUGAAACAUCAACCACCAGUGCAGCAGAAACAUCUAUAACUAGUGCAUCAGAAACAUCUACAACAACAGAGACUUCCACAAUCACAACAACUGCUCCUGAAACAUCAACCACUAGUGCAUCAGCAACAUCUACAACAACAGAGACUUCCACAAUCACAACAACUGCUCCUGAAACAUCCACCACCAGUGCAACAUCCACAAUCACAACAACUGCUCCUGAAACAUCUACAACAACAGAGACUUCCACAAUCACAACAACUGCUCCUGAAACAUCAACCACCAGUGCAGCAGAAACAUCUACAACAACAGAGACUUCCACAAUCACAACAACUGCUCCUGAAACAUCAACCACCAGUGCAGCAGAAACAUCUACAACAACAGAGACUACCACAAUCACAACAACUGCUCUUGAAACAUCAACCACCAGUGCAGCAGAAACAUCUACAACAACAGAGACUUCCACAAUCACAACAACAGCUCCUGAAACAUCUACAACAACAGAGACUUCCACAAUCACAAAAACUGCUCCUGAAACAUCAAGCACCAGUGCAGCAGAAACAUCUACAACUACAGAGACUACCACAAUCACAACAACUAGACUUCCACACUGA